AUUCUUGGGAUUCCAUUUCAGUGGAGACAACUCAUUUAACCAUUACAACCGCAAUAACACCUCUCCCCUUCCCUCCCGGCUCCUACACCUCUCCUCCCUCUUCACCAUUAUCACCAACCUGCAAAAAAUCUGCAAUCCCCAUAAACCCCCCCAAAAAACUUUUCAUCACUCAAAAACCCAUAAAAAAACUUUCUUUUUGUUCUUGAUUUGCCAAUAUUUUUACGCAAAACACACAUAAAGCUUGUGACUUUACAGAUAAAAAUCAGAACUUUAUGGGUUAUCUAUCAUGUAAAGCUGAAUCUUCCAUAUCAAUUUCCAAUUCUCAGAAAACCCAUCAACCCCAUAAUGAAGAAAAGGAGAAACCCAUCAAAAUUCAGGAGUUUAACUACAGGGAUCUUGAAGCUGCCACUAAUGGUUUCUCUGACCAAAAGCUUCUUGGUAGGGGCAGCCAUGGACUUGUCUAUAAAGGAAUACUUCGCAAUGGGCGUCUUGUAGCUGUCAAGAGGUCUUCUAGAGGUGCCCCAAGAUUCAGCACAGAUAAUUGUAAUGAGGUAGAGAAUGAAAUUGAUAUUCUUUCCAAAUUGCAAAGUCCAAGAUUGGUUAAUCUUGUUGGUGUUAGCACUGAUUCUCAUGAUAGGCUUUUGGUUGUUGAGUUUAUGUCUAAUGGUACACUUUAUGAUGUUCUUCAUUCCAAUUCUCGUUCAGUUAGUUGGGGUAGAAGGAUAAAGUUGGCUUUUCAAACUGCUAAAGCUGUUGAUAUUCUCCAUUCUUUGAACCCUCCUGUAAUUCAUCGCGAUAUUAAGUCUGCUAAUGUGUUGAUAGACAGGAAUUUUCAUGCUCGUUUGGGCGAUUUUGGGUUAGCAUUAAGGUGUCAUCUUGAUGAUUUUAGGUUGAGGUCUACUCCUCCUGCCGGUACAAUGGGUUAUCUCGAUCCAUGUUAUGUGACCCCUGAUAAUUUAAGCACCAAGACUGAUGUUUUCAGUUUUGGGAUUUUAUUGUUGGAGAUUAUUAGUGGGAGGAAGGCUAUUGAUGUAGCAUAUUCGCCGCCUUCCAUUGUGGAUUGGGCGAUUCCAUUGAUUAAGAGAGGGAAGUUGUUGGCUGUAUACGAUCCGAGGAUUCCACCUCCCAAGGAUCCUUUGGUGAGAAAGCAAUUGGCAAUUGUGGCUGCUAAAUGUGUGAGGUCUUGUAGGGAGAGGCGGCCAACUAUGAAGGAGGUUGUUGAAUGUUUGAGCGGGUUGAGUAAGUUGGCACCCCUACAUUCUUGGAAUGGUUUUACCAAUCCUUGUUUGAUGGUUGAAACUGUGGGGCGACCUGUUGAGUCGAAAACCAGCCAAUUGAACUUGAGGAUAAAAGAAAGAGAUUUGGAUGGUGGAGAUGCUAGACUUGCAACACCACUCAGGAAUUCGCAGAGGGUUUACUCUGACUUGGGGUUCCGCAGCAAUUUGAUGGAUUUAAUGGCUGGAAACGAUGGGCACUCUGAAUUUAGGGGAGAUGCUGAUGGGGUUGAACCUAAGUCAAAAUCUAUCAGUAGAGCUUUGAGCUGCAGAUAUGUAAGCGGUUCAGUUGUUGGUAGAAGAAACAAUGAGUCUUUAGUUCACAGCAAUGGUAGAGGAGGCACAUCCCGUUUGAGAAGAAACAAUUCAGUUGGUGCGCAUUCAGAUAGGGAUUAAGGAGCUGAUAUGAUUGUUAGUUCAAUCGUUUCAGCUCUGGAUGCAAAUCUUUGUAGAGCAUUGUUGUAAUAUUUAGAAAGUCAUUUAGAAUCUCUUUCUGAUUUGAUGAGCAACCUUAUUCCUGCAAGUUUCUCUUGCUUUCAAAUCACAUGGAAGUAAAAUAUUUUAGGGUUAUCGAAUUCUUUAGGCUCUUAUUCUAGAGCAUUAGUAAAUUCGGCUUGAUUACUCAUGUAUGUUGCUCAAAAGCACAUUGAGUGUACUUUUAAUGAAUUGUUCAUCCUUGCUUGUGUAUUUCAAUUGUUGAAAGUAUAUGAAUAGUGACAAAUGAUUAGCUUCCA